CUGUUUCACUAAACAAAAGAGGAGAGAUCGAAUCCAAGAAUCAAGGAUCUGUAGAAUGUAAAAUUGAAUUUAUUGUCUCGACGAUUGGGAUGAACGGCGACGAGGAAAGCACAAGGCACUUGGGUUACAAUAUCACACUUUGAAAUUAUUUAAUUUAUCCCGAUUUUCUUUCCCGCAAUUUCCUUAGGGUUCAUUAAAAUUUAAUUCAGUUGAAACUUGCAUCUGAUGGCUAGGAUUAAACCUCAAGCUCUUCUAAUACAAAGUAAAAAGAAGAAAGGACCGAAUCGAAUAAGUGUUACUACUAUUGUUGUGUUCAGUUCGAUUGUUGUCUUGGCUUUAUUCUUCCUGUAUUCUACCUACAGACACUGGUCUCAAAGGUCGACGUUGCAUGCAGAAGUUCACGAAUCAGUUGUUCAGGAUGAAGAUUCUAUCAUGGAUUUGAAGAAAUCUGAUCUCCCUGGGUAUGCGAUAGUAAGUACCCCAAAAGGCUCUAUAACGGUGGAACUUUUCAAGGAUAGCUCGCCUGAAGUAGUUGAUGAAUUCAUUGACUUAUGUCAGAAGGGGCGUUUUAAUGGCAUGCUUUUUCGACGUAUAAUAAAGCACUAUGUGAUUCAAGCGGGGGAUGUAGAUAAGAUGGGGAGUAUUGAAGAUUGGACAGCAAGAGGAAAACAUUACAGUCAGCUUGAUACAAGUUUGAAGCAUGAUGCAUUCAUGUUGGGAACUUCUAAGAUUAAGCAUGACAACCAAGGAUUUGAACUUUUCAUUACAACUGCACCAAUGCCAGAUUUGAAUGACAAACUAAAUGUUUUUGGGCGGGUCAUCAAGGGAGAGGAAGUUGUUCAGGAAAUUGAAGAGGUGGAUACAGAUGAACACUAUCAACCUAAAUCUGGCAUAGGGAUCAACAGCGUGAUUCUGAAACAGAAAGCGUAGAGGCUGUCCCACAAAUAGAGGCUUUGCUACAUUCUUGAUUCUUUCAUUCCACGUAUUUCUUCUUGUAACAUCAGCCAAACUUGUAACAGGGGCUGCAUCCUCCAACUUAUCUUAUGGGCAUCACCAUGAAGCUGCAAUUUACUGAAUGGUUCAAACUCAUAUGAAUUAACCUUAUGCCACUUUGAUUAUAGUUGUACUUACCAGCAAUGAAACAGCUUAUAAAUUCAACAUUUUCUUUUUGGCAAAAA